AUGAAAGAUUAUGAUGAACUUCUCAAAUACUAUGAAAUAUAUGAAACUAUUGGAACAGGUGGCUUUGCAAAGGUCAAGCUUGCCUGCCAUAUCCUCACUGGAGAGAUGGUAGCUAUAAAAAUCAUGGAUAAAAAUGCACUAGGGAGUGAUUUGCCCCGGGUCAAAACAGAGAUUGAUGCCUUGAAGAAUUUGAGACAUCAGCAUAUAUGUCAACUCUAUCAUGUGUUGGAAACAGCCAACAAAAUAUUCAUAGUUCUUGAGUACUGCCCAGGAGGAGAGCUGUUUGACUACAUAAUUUCCCAGGAUCGCCUGUCAGAGGAGGAGACCAGAGUGGUUUUCCGUCAGAUAGUGUCUGCAGUUGCUUAUGUGCACAGCCAGGGUUAUGCUCACAGGGACCUCAAACCAGAAAAUUUAUUGUUUGAUGAAAAUCAUAAAUUAAAGCUGAUUGACUUUGGUCUCUGUGCAAAACCCAAGGGUAACAAGGAUUACCAUCUACAGACAUGUUGUGGGAGCCUUGCUUAUGCAGCACCUGAGUUAAUACAAGGCAAAUCAUAUCUUGGAUCUGAGGCAGAUGUUUGGAGCAUGGGCAUACUUUUGUAUGUACUUAUGUGUGGAUUUCUACCAUUUGAUGAUGAUAAUGUCAUGGCUUUGUACAAGAAGAUUAUGAGAGGGAAAUAUGAUGUUCCUAAGUGGCUCUCUCCCAGUAGCAUUCUGCUUCUUCAACAAAUGCUGCAGGUGGACCCAAAGAAACGGAUUUCUAUGAAAAAUCUGUUAAACCAUCCCUGGAUCAUGCAAGAUUACAACUGUCCUGUUGAGUGGCAAAGCAAGAAUCCUUUUAUUCACCUUGAUGAUGAUUGCGUAACUGAACUUUCUGUACAUCACAGAAACAACAGGCAAACAAUGGAGGAUUUAAUUUCAUUGUGGCAAUAUGAUCACCUCACAGCAACUUAUCUUCUUCUUCUGGCCAAGAAGGCUCGGGGAAAGCCGGUUCGUUUACGGCUUCCUUUUUCCUGUGGACCUGCUAAUGCCACCCCAAAGUCAAAGAAUCUGAGCUUGGAAGAUGUGACAAGUGAUGAAAAUUAUGUGGCUGGACUAAUAGACUAUGAAUGGUGUGAAAACAAUUUAUCAACUCCCCAAACACCACAGUUUACCAAGCACUGGACAGAAUCAAAUGGUCUGGAGUCUAAAUCAUUAACUCCAGGAUUAUGCAAGUCAUCUGCAAAUAAAUUAAAGAACAAAGAGAAUGUAUAUACUCCACAAUCUGCUGUAAAGAAUGAAGAAUAUUUUGUAUUUCCUGAGCCAAAGACUCCAGUUAAUAAGAACCAGCAUAAAAGAGAAGUACUCACAACACCAAAUCAUUACACUACACCCUCAAAAGCUAGAAACCAGUAUCUGAAAGAAACCCCAGUUAAAACAUCAGGAAAUUCAGCAGGAAGAGACAAGUUAAUGACAAGUGUCAUUAGCCCUGAGAGGCGGUGCCGCUCAGUGGAACUAGAUCUUAACCAGGCACAUAUGGAGGAUACUCCAAAAAGAAAAGGAACCAAAGUGUUUGGGAGCCUUGAAAGGGGGUUGGAUAAGGUCAUCACUGUACUUACCAGGAGCAAAAGGAAGGGCACUGCCAAAGAUGGGCCAAGAAGGCUAAAGCUUCACUAUAAUGUGACUACAACCAGAUUAGUGAAUCCUGAUCAACUCUUGAAUGAAAUAAUGUCUAUUCUUCCAAAGAAGCAUGUUGACUAUGUACAAAAGGGCUAUACCCUGAAGUGUCAAACACAGUCAGAUUUUGGCAAAGUGACAAUGCAGUUUGAACUAGAAGUGUGCCAGCUACAAAAACCUGAUGUGGUGGGCAUCCGGAGGCAGCGGCUUAAGGGUGAUGCCUGGGUUUACAAGAGAUUAGUGGAAGAUAUUCUGUCUAGCUGCAAGGUGUAA